GUAUUGAAGAUGCAGGGCUAUCAGGCCGCUUGUGAUGUCUGGAGUCUGGGUGUUAUCGUCUACUGUAUGCUCAUCGGACAAGCCCCGUUCUCGUUACGUCCGGACGAUCGGCCGGAAGUGAUUCUAUCUCGUAUCGACUCGGGCCGUUUUGACACCACCCGACCGGAAUGGAGUUCCUUAUCUGAUAUGGCUAAAGAUCUGGUCCGGCGAAUGCUAGAUCCGGAACCCACGAAACGAUAUACCGCAUCGCAGGUUGUCCGUCAUCCUUGGGUUGUCAAGGUCAAUGAGUUACCAUCUGAACCAGUUGCGAAAUAUGCAGCUCGUGAUCCAUCCAAAAUGAAGGCUCCAACCUGUGAGCCCACAAAGACUGGUUCAUGCGCUUCAAUUGCCUUGGCCAAAACAGAACACCUAUCUCAAUUGGAGAAAGGUCGCACCAGCUAG